CUUAUAAUAUUUUUAAACCCCAACGACCUUCUUACAUUUUUCUUAUCAUCAAGUCGAUUAUUUAAUUUUUCCAUGACUUAUGUACCAGUUAAAGUACAAUACUUUUAAAAAUAAAUUGGAGGGCCGGGAGUAGUAGGUAUUGCAAUUGUCCAUUAGUUAGUGCUCCUUGAAACUGCCUAUAAAUAGAAGCUCGUCAUUAGCACAACCAAAAACCACCGAAAAAACAAACUUUAAUUGUUUGUACUUAAACAAUGGCCUCUUUAAAGGUAUUUGUUCUUAGCAUCAUUUUUGCUGUUCUUAUUCUUAUAUCCUGCAAUGUCUCAGCUCGUCACCUUGGUGAGACAAUUUCUACUCAACUGAAGCGUAAGUUUUUCAUCCUUCAUAAUCAUGCUUUAAUUUUUGAAUUGACUCUAAAUUAGCUUACAUAAACAAACUUAAGGUCCAGUAUAAGCUCAAUCAGCGUGACACGUUAAAAAGUAUAUAAAAUUGAGACACCUAACCUAAUGCGGACACCAGCCAGCCUUUGUACAGCAACAUCGCAUUGCACCAUUGGCCAAUCAACGUAGGAUGCUGGUUGCUGGUGUGAAUGUGUGAUACACUAGUCUAACUUAAUGAUACAACCUAUUUUUCGUUUUUUCACAUAUAAAUUGGACAUGUUUUCCCUCUAUUUCAAGACACUGAAAAGAUAAACCCAAAAUCGUUUACACCGGUAAUGUUUCGGGGUUUUUUGAUAUUCUUUGGGAGAGUUACAAUUCCAAGACUGACCUUUGGACGCCUGUACCUGCAAAACAACGGAGACUCUGGUGGGUGGGAGCUCUGCCUCCGACGAUCAAGUUAAAACAUGUAUGGGGAGUAAAGUGCGAAAAGUAAAAGGUCUCUCUUGGAAAUCAAGGGAGUAUCUGCAAUGUGAAAUUGCUCAGUUCGAGGUGUCAGGUGUCUGACUUUCUCUAAUUGUGAGUUGAUGUGAAUUAACUAUUUCUGAAUAGAUGUUCCUAAGAGGGAAACAUCUCCCUUUUAUAGUGUGUUGGAAAACGUGCCCAGUACUAGGUUUUAGUAAACCUAGGCCUGACUAGGCUUUGCCUAGGAAUUUGGGCCGUAGAAGGCCAUUUUUCUGAUGGGCUAUCUGUCUGCCACGUGUCGUGGCCUGAUUGGUCCACCUUGGACCUUUCACAAGGUGACACGUGGCGGACUCUGGUUGGUCCACUUGGAUAACAUGUGGAAGGAUGUGAGUAGUCCACGUUGCGGGGAAAAAUCCCCUAAUCAUUUUCCCCUCACAGGGGUGACAUGGCAUUUCACGUGGCGUCUGUGACAGAUGUCACACCAUGAUUGGCUAACUGUUAUCACCGUUUUUUUGUUUUUUUUUUUUACUGUCUCUUGGAAUUCACCACCUAUAAAUAAGGGGUGUCCAAAUCAUUUGGACAUUCUAGAAACUUUUCAGACAGAACUUUGGACGCUUGCUCUAACACUUUAGACGGCUGCCGCUUGUAUACAGACCGCCUGUUCUUAGACCGCCUGCUUCCUCAGCCGCCAAGUUUUUCAAAAGUUUAGACUUCUUCUCAAAGGUAAACGCUUAUUCUCUUGUACUUUUCUCUUUGCCUUUUUUUUUCCAAAAAUGGUAGCCCAAAAGCACGCGGCACGACGUAGGUUAGUGAUCAGCCGGUCACUGGGGAUGGCUGAAUCUAGAACUAGGAGUGCCGGCUGCCCCUUGCUGGACCACCCUUUGCGAACUGCCCAGAGUCCGACUGUCUAUGUGUCUGUGCAGGACACCAUGGCAGAACAAAAAGAUCUACAAGAGUGAUAAACUCAGACGACUCCUCACUUUAUGUGCCCAUUAGCGAGAUCUCGGACGUGCCACCAGGCGUCCCUAGCACCCCAAGUGAUUCUAUUUUAGCAAAAUCAGAGGAGGUACAGAAUGACCCUCCUAUCAUUGAUCUAUCUGGGCAGGCGGCUGCUUUGCCCGAGAGCUCAAGCGAUGACUCUGAGCCUAGCACCUCGAGUCGGCAUUCUGGCGACUUAGAGGAGAGGCACUCUCAGCUACAUAUUGCGAAAGAAAGCCAUGAGGUGGAGAAAGGAGAGAAAUGGGCAUAGUCAGCUGCUACCCAUAGAGAAAUGUAUACCCCCUACUUUUUCCAUGUUCCUUAAGGCAAGCGCAAGGCCAUGUCUGAAAAGAUUGGGAGUUUUAGGGCUGACCAUGUGAUGGGUCAUGGUUACAUUCUUACGGUGUCGGAUGCCGAGGAUACGGUAGUCUGGCCAGAGAAGUCCAGCUACGGGGACGAGUGUUUUGGCUGCUAAGAGGCGGCUAUUAAAGCUGGUUUAAGGUUUCCUCUACAUCCAGCUGUUAAGAGGAUUUUGGAUGGGUACCAGUUGGGUAUCUGGAAACUGGCCCCAAACUCAUGGUUCAACAUCUUGGGCUAUGUUACCGACUGUGAGAUGUAUGAGGUGGAUCCAAGCUUCAAAGCAUUUGCUCAUAUGAACUAUCUCAGCCGAACCCCAAAAACAAGCGGGACCGGCUGGUACAGUUUGUCUAGCCACAAGGGCUACAUGAUGACCAUGAGGAAGGAGAACAAAUGGAAGGAUUGGAGGAACAACUUCUACAUAGUCUCCUGCCCUGAUAAGGUCAAGAACAGAAAGUACAACAGGUGGAAUAGGGAUCCACCGUACUUGACUGGCAGCUCUGACCUGCAGCCUGGUUCCUCGAAGAGCCAAGGAAGAGAUCCUAGACCGAGAGCUCUUCAAAGUAAUUAUACAAGCGAACCCCGAGACUAGGGUGAGGGAGUUCAUCCCUCAAAAUUACAUUCCAAAGUAUAACUGGUUAUACGAUGGGACAUAUCUGGCCGCCUACGGCCUUACCGAGGAGAUGACGAGAGGUAGUAGACCGCCUGUUUAGAGUGUCUUGUUAGACUUGGCUGAUUUUGUGUAACCAUUUGAUUCAUCUUUUGCAGAUAAAGCUAUGGACAAGAUCUCGGCCUCCAAGAAAGUAGCCGCCCAAAUCCGCGCGGCCAUUCUAUGCAAGCGUUCAUUGAGGAGUCGCUUGCCAAACAGGUGCCUAGGGGCAACGUGGUCAGACCUUUCUCCUCAUCCCAGCCGGACCCCAAGGUCAGGAAGCAGACGGCCGGGGAUGUGCCGACUCCUGGAAAAGCUAGGAGACAGGCGGCUGAAUGGUCAGGAAGGACUCCCCAAAGCGGGGCAAGGACUCCGGCUACCCCUGGGAUCAGCCGACCCCCUAGAGAAAAGGAGGUGGCGAGAGAUGCCCUUGAAGAGCCGGACCUGGUUCAGAUGGCCAAGUCCAUGUUGAAGGUCAUCCCUGUUGAGGACAGGAAGUCUGUUAAGGGAGUCGGCACCCUAAACCUUGAAGCCAUCCUGGUUCUCCUUGCCGAGUCUAUGCUGCGAGUGUAUGGUCUCCGCAAACCUAUCUCCUACAACAAAGAGGCGUCAGCCACUUUGCAGGUCAAAAAGGACUUAGAGGCGGCCAGGAAGAAGAUCUUGGAGCUGGAGUAGUCUAUUAAGGACCUCAAAGCUAAGAUGGAGCCUCUAAAGGAGGCGGACAAGGAAGCCGAGGGACUCCGCAAGCAGGUAAAUAAAGGCCGCCUACAGAGUCAAGAGGCUGACCUCACC